AUGUUAAUUAACAAGCUUCCUUUGUUAGAAUAAACAUAGUCUCCUAAACCAUCCCAUAAAACCAAAUUAAACUUUGAGAAUACAAGUUAUUUAUAAGGAGAUAAGUUUUAUAAGUAGCCUCUUGUUUAAAAGUAAAAGAGAUAAUUAAGCAUAAUGAAAUCUCAAAACGAGAUAAAAAAAUAAAUUCAAAGUAUAACUGAUGAUUCAGUCUCAAAACGAAUUCAAUAACCUAAAACUUAAUUAGAAUUCCAAACAAUAGACAAAUUAUAGAUAGAAUUUGAAACAAAAUAUAUAGAACAAGUAAUUUAUGUUUUGGGGUUAUUUAGAAUAGAGUUAUAGAUGAUUUGAAAUUAGAAAACAUAAAAUUAAAAAUGCAGUUAGAAGAAUAAGAAUAAUAAAUUAUUUAUCUAAAAAUAAUAAAUAGUGAUUUGAGAUAAUAGAUAGAGAUCUCAUCUACAGAUAUCUAAAUUAAAAAAAUAGAAUAAGAAUAUAAAGAUACCUAUAGAAGAAUGGAUGAAACUUUAAGAAAGGCUAUAGAUGAGAAUUAUGAAAGUUAAAUUAAAAUGAAGAAUUUAUAAAUAAAAUCAUAGUAAUUAGAGUAAUUCACUGUAUUAAAUAUAUUAAAAAUAUUAUAGUUUAUGUUUAAAUAAUAAUUAACAUGUAAAUUUUGUAGAAAAGAAUUAAAUAAUACAAUUACAGUAAUCCCAUGUGCUCAUAAUUAUUGUUAAAGAUGUGUUUCUGGUUAUGUUGGUAGAUGUUUUGCAUGUAAUGAUGAUGUAAAAUCUAUUUAUUAUGUAAUAGAAUAAAGUAUAGGCCACUUAUCAUAAUGAAUAUAUGAGUGAUCUAAUAAACAUGUAUAAAAUAUUUGAGAAUAUUUUGAGUUUAUUGAGAAAUUGA